AGUGAGACUGCGAAUCGUCUCAGAUGAUUUGGUCACGCCACCAACCUAACCCGUCUCGGGUCGGUGGGCUAGGCUGGCUAGCUGAGCUCUUUCUUGUUAACUGCAAGCCCCUCACAAGCAAAAUAGUACACAAGGACAGUAUAGAGAGAGAUGGCUUUUGGUGCGAGAAGGGCAGUCUUCGUAGGCUUGGUGUUGGUUAUGUUUCUGGGCUUCUCAGUCUACUUGAGGCUUUGGGCUCUUGAUUCCAGACUCUCUGCUGAUGACAGAGAACUCAUAAGACGGCAAUUUGAUCUUGCUAACAUGGAAGCAAUGGAUGAAUCAGCAGAAUGGAGAAGGAAAUAUGAUGAGGAGGUGGAGAGGGCCACAACGUGUUUGAAAGAGACGCUAGAGUUGAAGAUGGCUCUUGAGAAGAAGACAGAGGAAACUGCUAGUGACAACCCAAAAUUGGCAAUGCUGCAGAAGGAAAAAAUUGGCUUGCUUGACCAGGUGGAGUCCUUAAAACAAGAGUUAGAAGCAGAGAAGUUGAAGUGCAGCUUACGACAACUUAAAUGAUCAUGAGCUGCAAUAUUAGCUUGGACAUAAGUUUCUAAAGGAUGUGCUUCUUGAGCAUAAUUUUCCAUGGGUUAUAGCCUUUGAUGUUUCUGCCUGUAUGUAUUUUGUGGAUGAGGUAAGUGCACUACAAUUAAUGCAGAUUUCUCAUUCUGUACACAACUACUGCUUGGUGCUUCAUGAGCCAGAGAUAUUGAAGGAAGAAAGCUGCUUGGUUCUAAAGAAUAUGAGUAUCAUUCUUUCAUAAUUUUGUAAGUCCUUUUUGUGUAACAGAAUAAAGGAUAA